AUGUGUGAUGAUACAAAAGAAUGUUACCUUACUCCUUAUUUUAACAAUCAUCAUUGGCAGUUGUUCAUCAUUAAUCCUAAGAAGUUUGAAGUAGCCUUUCUAUGUUCUUUGGGAAAGAAGCCAGAUAAAAAAAUUUAUGACGUUAUUGAAUUAGCUUUGGGAGCUUAUAAUAAGUUACAACGUGUGAGAAAGCAGAAGAAGGUAGAAUGGUUUUAUCCCACUAGUCAAAAGCAACAAGUUAGUUAUGAUUGCGGCUAUUACAUCAUGGCUCACAUGUUGAACAUUAUAUCUGCUACUGUUGUUGGUUCAUGGACACAUAUAUUUCAGGAUUCAAAUCCAUUACAAAAAGAAGAAGUUAAAAAUGUUCAAGAACUUUGUGCAAACAUGAUAUUGGAACAUAUUGAAGAAAGUACAGACAAUGAUAUAAAUUAG